AUGAGGGAAACGAGCACUUUGAACAUUUUAUUACGAUGGGCCUCCGCUGAGGCCCUGACAAAGCAAGCAUCGCUGAGGGGACUAACCUUUCUCUUCCCGACCCUGACCUCUGUCCUCGUCCACACCUACGCACAUGCUUACUUCCAUCUCUUUCCCCUACGCCAUCCAUAA